UUUCCGCCGCCGUCGUCGGGCUGCAACAGCUACUACCAUUCCACACGUGUGUGCAAAAGCUCGCCGGUCAGCCAGCCAGCCAUCCACCCAAAACUGAGUUCCCGUAUCGCCCAUACCGUCGUCCGUUCGGCGCAAACGCGUGGCUCCGUUCCACGUGACUCGUUUGAGUGUUCCUCAGCAGGCGGCGACGGCGACGACGGCACUCACGCUGUUUGGGGGAAACUUUGGCUUGCCAAAAGGCACGGCCGCCUGCGAUUCAGUUUGUUACAAGCUGCCGAGCGAGAACGGUUUGCAGGAAGUUCUUGACGCGCGAGACCGGUUCUGGAAUAUCCGCCGCUGCCACCGCUGCCACGCCGUUAUCUGUCUCCACCACUAGCAGUUUAGUACAACGCGGGUGCGUGCGUGUGUGAAGAGAAGGGGAAUCCGAGGUGAGAUCCGCUCCGUUGCCUUCGUCGACCGCGUGUCCGCCGCAGCUGUAACGGUCCGGUGACUGUUUAGGCUGAGCUUCCGUGCCCCAUUGUGUGAGGUUGGGUGUCUGCGGGGCGUCUCUACGGAGUGAGGGAAUUCUUGUUCAGCCCAGCUUUCAGGAAUUCUCGGGUGUGGUGCGAGGAGAAGAAAACUAUUCUGUCAUCGCCUACUGUUCGGGGCUUUGUUCGGUGUGUGUUAUUGUUUUUGGUCGCAGAAGGCGGUGAUUGUUCGGAAAAGCUGAAGAGUAGUUGAAUAGGGGCUCCUUCAGCGAACAACGGAAACGGGAAUCGGAAAAGGCGCCCAGUUUCGCGUCCUUUUGUGCAGGGAAAGAAAGUGUCGCGCGUCUGCUGUGCAACCGUUGUUGUUGUCGAUUGGAUUAUUGGCGGCAUAAAUAACGAGGAAGCUUUCGUGUUCAGUGGCAAUUGUUGAGCUCGGCGAAUUCGCAGCCUACUACUGUUGUCGAUUGUUGCUGCCAAAGUUGUUUGUUUGCAAAUCCCACCGACAAACGGCUGUAAAGCGGUAAAGCCGUGUUCAACUGAAUUAUUGAAAUCCACGCCAAGCAACCGCAGUUUACACAAUCGCGUGUCCCACCCGAAGAAACAACAAGUGCUGAACCUGUCCAUCAAACUCGGUGGAGGAAGACAUUCGCUAGCCCCGAAAUCCUCGCGCGAAGUGUGUCGUAAUCGAUUCCAUCCAUUUCCUCUCCACGGGCGGAAACAGCAUCAGGUGAAAUAAUCUGCUCAAAACCUAAAGUGUAACGUGUGUGUGAGUGCGCGGAAGAGGAAGCUGAACAAGAGGGAAGGGAAAUCGGCAGCGUAACUCGCCACGCGGUUAUGUAAUCACCACACAGGAGGCUGAGGUUGUGAAAGAACGCGAAGAAAACGGGCCACGGCCAACUACGAUCGGGGGAAUAUCAGGGAGUUGAAGGUCGAAAGUCGAGGAGAAGAAUAGAUGGUUACGGUGGUGCUGCUGCACAAGUGAAGGCCAUUUCGAGGAAGAAGUUGGGUAAUACACUGAAAACCGAGAAGGAGAGCUACCUACAUAACACGACGACGACGGGUUUUUGGGGUGCUGCUUUUUUGACGACGAAGAAGUUUGCAGAUUUUGCGGAUUUUGGUGAUUUGUGGAAAGUGAAGUGGAUAUUCUGAAAGUGAGUAGCUGACUGACACUUGCGAACGCGUCCAGCUGUGGUGUGAUUAAUGAGAGAUAGUUGCAGUUCCGUUGAAGGAAUGACAUCCAAAAGUGCCAUGUGCCAUCGCCGGUGGUGAAACCCAUCGAACGUCCACCUCACCCCCAGAAGAGUGUCCAACCCGUCGUCCCUUCAUAGUUUUAUUUUGCACGGGUAUCUUUGUGAUUUUCCCACAAUCCUGUAGUGCGCCGAAAUAGUUUGCCGGAGCAUCAAAGUAACCCGUCCCACCAGAAUCAGAAAAGAGAGCAGAGAUUACACCGUAGCUUUUAGUGUUCGGAAAAGUGGAAAAUUCGUUCGGGGUUCUUCAGUGUGUAUAAGUGGGUGUUUGUGCGCCGUUUUGGGUGUGAUUUUCCCAGGGGAUAGUUUGGAGUGAGCAGACGGAGCGAGAAGACCCGAGGAAACCGCGGCCAACACACGGCGAAGCAACAGAAGCAGCAAUAAUGGGCAAGAAGAAUUCGAAACUAAAGCAGGACACCAUCGAUCGGUUGACGACGGCGACAUAUUUCACAGAAAAGGAAAUUCGACAAUGGCACAAAGGAUUCCUCAAAGACUGUCCCAACGGACUGCUGACAGAGCAGGGUUUCAUCAAAAUCUACAAGCAGUUCUUCCCGCAAGGUGAUCCCAGUAAAUUUGCCUCGCUGGUGUUUCGGGUGUUCGACGAGAAUAAUGACGGAUCGAUUGAGUUCGAAGAAUUCAUCAGAGCACUGUCGAUCACUUCGAGGGGAAACUUGGAUGAAAAGCUACACUGGGCGUUCCGAUUAUACGAUGUUGACAAUGAUGGUUUCAUAACGAGGGACGAAAUGUACAACAUCGUCGAUGCCAUCUAUCAGAUGGUGGGUCAACAACCGCAGACGGAGGACGAGAACACCCCACAGAAGCGGGUCGAUAAGAUCUUCGACCAGAUGGACAAGAAUCACGACGACCGGCUGACGCUAGAGGAGUUCCGCGAGGGCAGCAAGGCCGACCCCCGUAUCGUGCAGGCGCUCAGUUUAGGCGGCGAUUAACCGAACGAUGACUCGCGGGAUCAGGCGCCACCCCCGCAGCGGUCGUACCAGUACGACGAGCAGCACAAUAUCGAAUUACAGCGGACGCCCAGCAACGUCUACUAGAACUGGCAGGAGCGCGAGUUCGAAGCGUCGCAAGAGAGCGAGGCGGGAGUGAGAGAAGGAUGCAAGGGAAGGAGAGUUAUGGUGAGCGCCGCUGCCUGCGAGAUUAUGUUCGGUUUUCGUUCGCUUGCUUUGACAGCUGUCAAAAUCGCAUCAACGUUUCGGUUUUCUACGACAAAGCAAGCCGCGCUUGAAGCUAAUCCACAUGACAAUGACAGUUCUUCAAUCUUUUUGGCUGUUCUAGUUUAAUAAUAAGCGUUCGAGUGACUGUUUUUGCUACCAAAAAGGAUGAAGUGGAAUGUGAAACUUUUUGCGGAAAACUUGAAAACAAUCGAAUAGCAUUUAUCAAUCUUUAAACCAAGUUACACUUAACCAAGAGAAUCUCCUGAAACGUUUAGGGAACUGCUUCUUCUAAUCCAGUACUUUUAACAGAUUAAAAAUUGUGAAAUCAAGAAUUGUUACUAUACUCUAACGAAUAAUACGCGCAAUCUGACAAGUGAACUAAAAGUUUAAAUCUUUAUGCUAAACUAAAACAAAAACAAAGCGUUCAGCGCAAUCAGUAAUGCUAGAUAAAUAGUAGAAAAUCUCAAUGUUUGUUCAGUUUUUUGCUUGGCUAAUGAAGGUAAACUGCGAGAAUGGAGAAAGACAUCGAAGUCGACGGGGAACUGAUUUAUGACAUCCAAACUGUCAAUCGGAACCGUCAAAUUUGAUUGAAACCGAAAAAAAACAUUGCACCCCACCACUCACAAUUCAAUUUUCAGCAGCACACCAAGUUUAACAUACCUUGCACCCCAGUUUACAGUUGUUUACGCAGAGAAACGUCUCAGAGACAGAUCUUUAUUUACAAACAAAAAAUCGGCAGCACAAAUUGGAAAUUGUGACAGCGGAAGAAAAAAACAACACAAGUUGCAAACUAUGCUGAGAUAAAAAAAAAGACGAGUUACUCAUAAGUGUGUACAUUUGAGACAUGAAAAAAUGCCAAAAACAAACAGAAACCUAGUUUAUAGACAUGACAGCGGUUGGUCGACCGCAACAAACGGCAGCAGCACAGCAUGUAAAAAUAGCAUUAUUUGUUAUCAAAUUUUAACUAACAAACAAAAAGCAAAACGGUCGCAGUGACAGAUUAUUGAUAUUAACAAAAAAACAACCAAACGCUAAUUCUAUUGUUGUUAUUGAAAGUAAACAAAACAGAAAACUGAAAAUCUUAUCGUAAACAAUCG